GCCAAGGACGCCUUCAGAAAAGUUGAGUUCGCAAAAGUUUGUUUAGGUGGCAGAAGCCCCAGUUCAGGGAGUGUAAGACCAGAGAUAGGAGACGAUAGGGCCAGGUACCUACAGCAGCAUCGCCCUCCCCAGAUAAAACACGCUGGGACAGCAGAAGGGGGCCAGGAGGAAACUUUAUCCAGUCUGGAAAACUGCAACAGAAUACCGGAACAAACUUUUGGACUUUCUUUUGAAGACUAAAAAUAAACAACUGGUCUUUUGGGAACUUUAUGCUAAUGAUUUUCUUCUGAACCUGUUUAUGUAUUUUUUAUACUAAUUCAUUUAUUUAUCGUUGCAAGCUAUUCUUGUUGUUUUCUUUCGAAAAAUCUUUCAUCAUGAACACCAAUUCUGUCCACCCUUUACCGGGACAGCAAGUCAUCCUUGUCGCCCAGGACUUAAACACCGAGCUGGAAGAGCUGUUCAAUACGCUCGUAAACCCCAAGCCGAGCUCCUGGAGAAAGAAGGUUCUACCCGAUUCAUUUUUUAAAGAGCCCGAUUCUGGCUCACACUCCAGGCAGUCCAGCUCAGAUUCUGGAAGCCACCCCCCGCAGCGUACGCCGCAGCAUUUUCGAUCCUACUCAUCGCCAGCUUCACUGCAACCCGGCGCGGCAGGCAGCGCGACUCCUGGCCCAACUCAACACACGCAUCUCCGGCAUCAGUCAUUUGACGUCGCCGAUGAGCUGCCACUGCCACCCGGAUGGGAGAUGGCAUUUACAUCCAACGGUCAAAGAUACUUUUUAAACCACCUAGAAAAGAGAACAACAUGGGAAGACCCUCGCAAAGCAGUGAAUGCAGUGCUGAAUCAAAUAAGCCACAAUCCUCCAGCCAAUACAACAACCAUGCAACAAAGAACAAUGGCAAUGUCUCAGCCGAACCUUGUGAUGACCCAUCACCAUCAGCAGCAACAGCAGCAGCAGCAGCAUCUUGUAGGUACAUCUGGUCCAGUUUCACAGCAGAACCUUACAUCUCCAAAUACGCAGGCAGGAAUGAUGAACCUUUCCAGUGCACUGACAGCUCAACAGCAGCACCACCAAAAGUUGAGGCUUCAGAGAAUUCAGAUUGAACGAGAACGCAUCAGAAUGCGUCAGGAGGAACUUUUGAGACAGGAGGCGGCUCUCUGCAGACAGCUUCCAAUAGAAACAGAAAAUCUCAGUGCAGUAGCAACAGCUUCUAAUCCACCACAAAUGACGCAGGAUCUUAGGACUAUCCCUAACAAUGGAUCAGACCCUUUUCUUAACAGUGGGCCAUACCACUCCAGGGAGCAGAGUUCAGACAGUGGACUGGGGUUAGGCUGCUACAGUAUUCCUACCACUCCUGAAGACUUCCUUAACAAUCCUGAAGAAAUGGACACAGGAGAAAACAUGGGGCAGCCUGUUAUGAAUGUGAAUCCACAGAGUCGUUUCCCAGAUUUUCUGGACUCCCUUCCAGGAACAAAUGUGGACCUAGGGACACUGGAGAGUGAAGACUUGAUUCCCAUCCUCAAUGACGUAGAGUCUGUAUUAAAUAAGAGUGAGCCGUUCCUUACUUGGCUGUAAACUGAAGUUUCCAAAGAGACAAAUGGGAGGAAUUAAAACAAACUGCUUCAUUGUACUGUCAGAUUAGAGGUGCAAUACUCCAGAGAGAACCAACCACUGUCCAUUCUCCCAGCUAGUAAUGGCAUUUUUGGGUGUUCAUUGUGCCUUAUAGAAAGGAUGCUUAUUCAGUAAGACUGCAAAAUGCAAGUCCUUACUUUACCUUUAUAUCUUUAAAAAGGAAACCUAAUGGACAUUGGUUUCUGUACCAUUGUGAACCAAAGGCAUUAGCAAUGAUCAAGCUAACUUUUUCCCCACUGGCUUUUUGGUUCAAGCACGCCAGCUGUGUUGAAAUAUAAAAGUAUUUUAUGAUCUUAUUUACAUUUACAAGUGAUAGUGAAUAAUUAUCGAUAUUGUAUUUGUCAAGAAGCUUUAAAAUUCAUUAUUUUAAUAAAACUGUACUUGUGCAGUUUAAACUUUUUACAAGAACUACUAUUACUGAUAUAUUUGAUAAUCAUUUGUAGCAAAUUAGCUUAUUUACAUGCCUUUUUUAAUGAUGUAUGUGAACAUACAUACUCUUUAAUUACCUGCGUAGAUUAAAGGCUAUUUUGUUACCAGAUAGCCAGGUAGCAGUUUUGACAUUUGUACGUGUGUGUGUGUUUUUUUUGUUUGCCCCUUUCAUAAAUUUAAUUAGAUUUACUGGUGCACAGAACACUAAAACAUUUCAGUCCUUUUUAAUAAACUGAAUUAUGCAGUUUGUACUGUACAUGAACAUUUAUCAUAUUUCUAAACAAAGGAGUUGGAAUAUUUUCUUUGUUUUUAAAAUGAUAUAAUAAACAAUGUGUAAUUUUAGGGAAUAUUUUCUGAUAUGUAGAAACUGCUUAUGUAUUUUAAUUUCUUUUUUUAACUAGAUGUGGUGGCAUUAUACAGCAUUAUAGUAAAAAAAAUGUCGGUUGGUCAAAUGUCAAUAUCUAUAUAAGAAAUAUGGGCCAUAAUAAUAAACCCAAACUGCAAUGUUUAUGAAAAAUGUGAACUAAAAAGAUGUUUCUUUUUUCACAAAUACCUAUAACAUUUAUAAUCAGCAAUUAAAGAUGAAAUUCCUAAACUUUAAAUCCUACAGGUCCACAUACAGUGUAAAUAUAAUAAUGCAUAUAUAUUUUUCUGCUUGUUGACCUAAUUGUAUUUCCUUGCACAAAUUUUAUAUAACCUGCAUAAACUUUAUAGUUUUUUUGUUUUGUUUUAUUUUUUCUUCCUAGACAGAGGAAGCUUUGAUUGUUUUUAAAUAAAAGAAGCAACCAAUUUUGCAUUGCUCAUGAUGUCCCAAAAUGAGUGUGUAUUUUAAAAUUGUGCUUAUGGAGUGAUCUAUGUAUAGUUCCACAUUUGUUACUAAUUUGUUUUCAUAAUGCGAAGAUCCCUGGUUUUUCAGUUAGUUGCUUAUGAAACAAUACUUAACACUCGUGUACUUCUUAUAUUUGUUAAAGGACCCAGUUUAAAGUUUAUUUUUGCUUUAAAAGUGAAAGGGACUGAAUGCAAUCCUAUAAAAAGAAAUAAAAAGUAUUUGAAAGAAUGAAAAGAUGGACACCAAAAAGGCAAGUUGACUAAAGUGUAAGAGUAUUUUAGAGACAGAAUUUAGAAAUGUUUACUCUGUAAAAUGUAGCAUUUUUUUAUUGUAAUCUACAAAGAGAGUAACUGUAAAAUGAAUGUUAUGGCAAGUAGAUCUGUGACCACACUGUCAAAUUUUGAACUAAUCUUUGAUAUCUGUGAUGAGGUGGUUGCUCGAUGGUGGAAAAGAAUUCUAGUGUAUUUUGCUAUGUAGAACAAUGUUUUAAACAACUAGAAAUUCAUGAAUUCUGAGAAGCUGAAAUCAGUACAUAUUUGCACCCUUUAAAAUUGAUAAUGCAAAUAGCAGCGUAAUAUUUUAACCAUAUUUAGUUUUUUCCAAUACAAUGUUAAAAAAUAAACUAUUGUAAUGAAUGGUAUGAGUAAAAGAAAACAAUUUGAUUACUAAAAUAGCAAGGACUGUUUUCCUUGAUUUUAGCGCCUGAUUUGCAUGUGAAGGUGCCUUCACAAUUUCAUUCGAGUUAGAUUAUGCAUUUUUCACAGCUAAAUCUCAGAAUUCUCAAAAUUGUUAUAGUAUAGUUUGAACACACAAGUAAACUAAAUCAAGAAUCUUCCUCAGCCAGCAAAAACCUCUCAAAGCUUCAAAUAAUAUGUCUAGCUGUAUGAUUAAAAAAACAAACUAGUGAUUGUAUUUUCAAUUAUAAAUUUGGAUUUUCAGUGAAUAGAGAUAUAAUUCAUUGGUUAAGACAGUUAUUGACAAACUAAUGUAAGCAUUUGAUGUGAUAAAAUAUAUCUUUUUCCUGUAGUUAUUCACAAGGUGGUGUUAUAUAUAGCCACAAGAGAAAUUGCAUGGUUUCAUAGCUUUUUGCGAGUUCUGAACCCAGUCUUGCUACAGCCAUUUAGUUAUCUGAGUUCUUUACUCUGUUUAUAGCACUUAAGAUUUACAGUUUGACAUUUCAUCUACAAUAUGUUUGCUUCUAUAUGGUCCCCGCAGUUACAAGCAUGCUGUGUCAUUGCAAAAGUCAAAAUAUGAGCAUCUGGAGUACAUAACUAUCCACCAACUUAAGUCAAUGUCCUCUCUGAAUUGCCUUUUAGUUUUGCAGUGGCCUGUUUUUGCUGUGUGUUUAAAUUUAAUAUUUGACUUAAUAUAAUUUAAAUCUUAAAGUGCAACAUUAGUAAGGGAAUGAUAUGCACUAUGCGUACCAAGCUUGUCCAAGCCAUAACACAGAAGUUAAACAGACCAGAUAGGCAGACUUAUUUGAUUUUGAUUGAAUUGUAACAGGUGACUUAUUGGAAGGAAGGAGAGGUUUGAAGUGGACUUGGAAGUGAAUCCAAUCCCAUUAAAUAUGCAUCUAUUCAGACACAAUACAAUCCACAAGAAGACCCUCUUUUUUCCAAAACCAUGUUUUAGUAUGCAAUUACUGAUUACAUUUUUGUUUCUUGUAGUAAUGUUAAGUUGUAAAAAUGUAAUUUUCUAGGUGGAAUUUUUUUCAAUAUUAAUGUAAUAAAGAAUUGAUUAGUUUUGAGGAAAAAAUGAAUUUGAUACUUAGAUUAUUUUUUUUUAGCGUUUGAAAGAUCAAUUUACAAUAUUAUAACAUUUUCAUUAGGCUUUGAGAUGGUUUUUUGCAGAUAUGUGGUAUGCCUUUGAACAAAUUACCAAAUUAUAUUAUGCACUGUUUGGUACUGUUUUUUUUAUCAUUUUGCUCUUGUACCCGAAAAAGGAAUAAAAUUAUAUAUAAUUGUU